AUGGCUGCUCACCGGACGCAGAAUAUUCUCAUUUUUGGGGCGACAGGCCUCAUCGGUGAAUUCAUCAUAGAUGCAAUCCUCGCCAGCAAGGGCAAAGAGUUCAGCCGCAUUGGGAUUUUCACGUCAAAUAACACGCUAUGGACCAAGUCUGACGAGAUUGACCGACUCAAGGCACGGGGUGUUGAAGUUCUCAGCGGCAAUCUCGCAUCCGCGGACGCGGUCAGUGAAGCUUACAAUGGCUUCGACACAGUGGUCUCUUGCGUUGGUCGGCCCAUCAUUCACCAUCAAGUACAACUGAUAGAGUUGGCCGACAAGCAUCCAGAUGUAAAGAAGUUCUUCCCAUCCGAAUAUGGCACCGACAUUGAGUACGGACCUUCAUCGGCCAACGAGAAGCCUCACCAGCAGAAGCUCAAGGUCCGUGCAGCACUGAAGGCGACUAAGGAUCUGGAGUACACCUACGUCGUGACAGGACCUUACGGAGACGCUGACCGCGGAUUGUUCCUCUCCGCUAGGCCGCCAGAAGACGAGGCAGGCGGCACGUUUGAUGUCAAACGCAAGCGUGCGGUUCUGCUCGGCGAUGGCAAUGGCCGCAUCAGCUUGACGACAAUGCGAGAUGUGGGUAAGCUUGUUGUUGCCGCACUCCUUCAUCCAGAGGAGGCCAAGAAUAGGGCCCUGCGGGUCAAUUCGUUCACGACGACGCCCAAGGACAUUGUGGCAGAGUUCGAAAAGCAGACUGGUGGUCAAUCCUGGAGUGUCGACUUCACGCCGCUAAGCCAACUCAAGCAGCUGGAGCAGCAGGCUUGGGAGCGAGGAGACGCUCAUGCAGGCACGCUAACGCUUCGGAGGAUUUGGUCGGAAGGCGGCACGCUGUACGAGAAGCGUGACAAUGCGCUGAUCGGCAUGGAGGAUAGCGUGGACUCCUUGCAGGACGCAGUGAAGAGGGCUAUUGAGGUGCAGAGCAAGGCAACGUAG